AUGUCGUUGUCUGAUUACUCGCCCGAGUAUCUCGCGGAGGACUCGAGCGGAGAUUCAUUUGUGCAAAUCACUGUGAUGCCAGCUUUGGCGACUGUCUUCGUUGCGCUGCGAAUUGGAGUUCACCUGUGGCGCAAGGUCGGGUUUCAUCUCGAUGACUGGCUGGUUCUCGUCUCGAUUGCAUUCGCAUGGGGGAUGUACGUUGUCUUUGCACUUGGAUAUCAGAAGGUUCCGGUCGGGAGACACGUCGUCGUGCUUACAAGAGAGGAGAGUGCAACAAUGCAGGAGUACUUCUUCAUAACCUACCACCUCUACGCCACGGUCCUCGCUACGACCAAGUGGAGUAUCCUGGCGAUGUACUAUCGCAUCUUCCCCACGCGCUUUAUGAAAUGGAGUACACUGGUCAUAAGCGUGGUGGUCGCGAUGUGGUGGAUCGCAUGUAUCCUCGUCUCGGUCUUUGGAUGCCAUCCCAUCCGCAAGAACUGGGAUCUUUUUGCCGAGGGCUGGUGCAUUGACAAUGUCAAAGUAUUUAUUGGCAAGGCAGUGCCGAACUUCACCACGGACUUUAUCAUGCUGUCCCUGCCUAUCAACGAGGUGCGGAAGCUGCAUAUGAAGACGACCCAGAAGAUUGCGCUCAGCACAGUGUUCUUGACAGGGGGUGUGGGGUGUGCGGCGAGCGUUGUACGGUUCGCGCAGAUCAGGGAGAUGUCGAGGGAUAAUACAGAUCCGUCAUGGAUCCUUCCCGACAACCUGCUUUGGACGACAGUUGAGCCUUGCGUCGGGAUCAUUGCAGCAUGCCUACCGCCGCUGCGCCCGCUGCUGACUGUGCUGUUGAAGCGGGCGGGGUUGGGGCGUCUGUGGCCGAACAGAGAAGAGAAAAAGCCUAAUGUACCACCAGAGAUUGUGACGAUCGGGGGGAGUGGGGGGAAGCGAGUGCUGAUCAGGGAGGCCAGCAGCAGGAGCGACCUCCUCCAUGAGUAUGACAGCCGGACUGUGGUGGAAGGGCCGUCAUUCGCGGGGAGUGGCACCCUUGCAGCGUAA